AACCAGAUUUCACCAGUUUACAGGUUCGCAUGAGAAUUGACAACAAUUUAAAAUUUGAAUUGCGCGCGCGCGGGAUUAACCAUCUCAGAAUUUAGUGACAAAACAAACGUCACUAGUUCUUCUAUUCUGUGUUGUCGGAAAGCACAGCAAAAUGGGUAAGAUUAUGAAACAAGGUAAAGUCGUGUUGGUCCUCGCUGGCCGAUACGCAGGACGUAAAGCUAUCGUUAUAAAAAAUAACGAUGAAGGGGCUGGGGAUAAGCAGUAUGGACAUGCCAUCGUUGCUGGUAUUGACAGGUACCCAAGGAAAGUCCAUAAACGCAUGGGGAAAGGGAAAAUUCACAAAAGGUCCAAAAUCAAGCCUUUCGUUAAGGUUUUGAAUUACAAUCACUUGAUGCCCACACGUUAUUCAGUUGAUUUGACCAACGACGUGAAAAUCACCCCCAAGGAUUUGAAAGAUCCAAUGAAGAGGAAGAAGGUCAGAUUCCAAACGCGUGUUAAAUUUGAAGAAAGAUACAAGUCAGGAAAGAACAAGUGGUUCUUCCAAAAAUUACGUUUCUAAUUAUAAUUUUUAUUCAGAAUAAAACCACAAAAAGUGC